GGCUUCAAAUUUUUGUUGCGGCGAACCAACAACCACGAACGAACGCACUGACCUGAACUUUCUUUCUUCCUCAACCACGACCCACAACCUUAACCCCACCAACCUUCAACCUUCAGCCACGACCACAGACAACACAUAUCCAGAUCGUUGCUGAUUGACUCAUUCCAAGACCCAUCCUCUUCCAGUUGAGUAGAGAAUACAAAGACAAGUCUAUGGCCCCGACAGCUUCGCCGCCCAAAGUCCCGCCAGUGAAUUCUAAGCCCAGUCAAUGCGCACCGCGCUUCCUCCAAAUGACAGCCGAUCCCGUUAUUAUGGAGACCCCACCGACCCCGAGUGCGCCUCGCCAGAGCCAGCACUCUGAAAUCGCCAAAGCGGUGAUGGCUGCUCCGGCCGUGACCAUGUCCAGGACCAAGUCGACGUCUUCGAACAAGGAGGGCGCUGACUUCCUCGCUCCGCCGGAUCUCUAUCCCAUUCUGAGCGAUACUCCACUCGCGACCGCGCCGAAUUCCCCGAGGAUUCGUGCUACGACGAUCGAUGUUCCAGGUCUCACUAAGAGUAAGGUUUCCCCAGACGGCCGCAUCGCAAAUCGUGAUCUCGGAUCGAAGCUGGUUAUCGUCAUGGUGGGACUUCCGGCUCGUGGAAAGUCAUACGUCACCAAGAAGCUCGAGAGAUACUUGAACUGGCUCCAGCAUGAUACCCGUAUCUUCAACGUUGGAAACCGCCGUCGUGUGGCUGCCGGUGUGGUCGAAGGUCCUGCAAAGGCUGCUAACGGACAUCCCCCGCCCGUCCAAGGAACCGGUCUGCUUUCGUCGUCGUUUGCUCAGCUGGACAUCGACGGUAUUGCCUCCGCGGGCCCUACCCACAGGAGAACCUCGUCAACGGGAGACAUCGCUGGAAGCAUGGACCAGACGGCCGAAUUCUUCGAUCCCAAAAACACGGCGGCGUCCGAGCUCCGUGAACAGGUCGCGUUGGAGACUCUCGACGAGCUGCUCCAUUACAUUUUGUAUGAGGGUGGCUCCGUUGGUAUCUUGGAUGCGACCAACUCAACUCUGAAGCGUCGCAAGGCGGUGUUGGAUCGGAUUCGUCAGGUCGCCGGCAAGGAAAUUGGUGUCGUUUUCUUGGAGUCGGAAUGCACAGACGAAAAGCUCCUGGAGGCAAACAUGCGUCUCAAGUUGCAGGGUCCUGACUAUAAAGACUCCGAUCCGGUACAGGCCUUGGCGGACUUCAAGCGUCGUGUUAAAAUGUACGAAACGACCUAUGUAUCGCUAGGUGAUUUUGAGGAGAAGCUCGGAAUGCAGUAUAUCAAGAUGAUCGAUGUGGGACGCAAAGUCGUCACCCACCAAAUCCGAGGCUUUCUGGCUGCACAGACUGUCUAUUUUCUUCUCAACUUCCACCUGUCACCUAGGCAGAUUUGGAUCACUCGCCACGGCGAGUCGGAGGACAACGUCGCCGGCAAGAUCGGCGGCGAUGCAUCACUGAGUCCGGAAGGCAAACGAUAUGCCAAAGCUCUCGCGAGCUUCGUCGCGUAUCAGAAAAAACAUUUCCACGAGCGGCUUCUGCAGAAGCACUCGACAUCUCACCUGCCGCCGCACAUGGGCGAUACGACCCCGCCGAAUCCCCAGUACCGGAAUACGUACCAGGAGGACGACGAGGGCCAGCCCCUCGAGAAGAAUUUCUGCGUCUGGACGAGCAUGCUUAAGAGGUCUAUCGAGACGGCCGAGUACUUCGACGAGGAGGAAUACGACAUCAAGCAGAUGCGUAUGUUGAACGAGCUGAACGCCGGAAACGCCGAGGGGCUCACAUAUGACGAGAUCCGCGCGCAGUGGCCGGACCAGUAUGCCGCUCGCAAGAGAGACAAGCUGAGAUACCGAUACCCUGGCGCCGGAGGAGAGAGCUAUCUCGACGUCAUCAACCGGCUGCGCGCCGUCAUCGUCGAAGUCGAGAGGAUGCAGGACCAUGUCUUGCUCGUCGCUCACCGAGUCGUGGCUCGUGUGUUGCUCGCAUACUUUCUUGGCCUCCGCCGCGAGGAUGUCGCUAGUCUCGAUGUCCCAUUGGGAACUCUUUACAUGCUCGAACCGAAACCGUACGGAGUAGACUUCAAGGUGUACGUCUACAACAGCCAGACGCAGUGGUUCGACUACAAGGAGGACUACAAGCUCAAGAACGAUGAGCAGAAGGACGUGGUCAUUGGUCGCUAGCCUUUUCAUCUGUUCGUUUCCGGUUGAUUUUUUUCGUUUUCUUUUGCGCGCGAUGG